UGAAAAAAGGGAUCGUAAAGUGAAUUCGAAAACAUAAGACACCUGUUUCUUUAUGUAUACAUAAGCCAAUGGGAGAUAAAUCUGGAGAAUACUGACUCUUAAAACACCCUUAGAAGCACUUCUCUUAAACCAAGACACGGGUAUACUUGUCUUGCUUGAAAGUCAAGGUUUCGAACACUAGCGUUCUCGAGAUUCUACACUGCACCUAGAUUUCAUAAGCCAACCCGCCGAUUUCCAAUUUGAAACCAGACGUCCGGGGCAGAAAAUAAGAAGGACUUGCUUUCAAUGUUCGCCUCAGGUUCAAAUACAUACGAUGAUUCUUCAGUGUGAAUAUUUUUUAGAAAAAAAAAGUUGAUUGAGUUUUGUUUGUAAAUUCAAUUUGUGAAUUAGUAAAGUGUGUCAAAAAAUUAAAGGAGUAACAUGAACAAGAUGAUAUUUACCGUAAAAAAGCUUUUCCAGAAACUGAUUACUUUACAAAAGCAUAUGUUAACCUCUAUCUUAUCGCCUGUGUACUAAAACAAGCAGACAGACUUCUAAUGCACGCAGGAAAUUGAAUUCUGUGGUCGGGUCCUCGCGUUAUUUCAAUAGCACAGUCCCCAAGCUAUUUACACUUAGCGCAUGCUAAGACGAAAAGUAAGAUUAAAUCGUUAUCGAUAUGAGCUGUAGUCCUCAUUAACAAACGAGUUGUAAUCAGUGACAAUUUGACGGAGAAAUGAACUUACGUUCACAUAAUGUCAGUAAAUCGAAAGACUCCUCUUUAGUUUUUUUUAUGUUUCUUUACCCUCGCUUGACGGAGUGGGAAAUGCGAUGGACAUGCAGUUCUUCCCGGUGUAAUUUAGUAGGAAGGACCAUACGUUUAAUCUGCCUUAGAAGUGACAGCUGAUGUUUUUAGCAGAGGCUUUUAGUUGCGUAUUAUUGCGGAGUGCACAAGCGGUUAAAGUAGGCAGCAACGAUAUUAUUUGAAGCAGUCGUGGGCGCUGCGUCAACAAGAAAAAAUCGGAGCUUUUUUGAAGGCACCGAUUUACGAAGUUGAAAACAGGAGAAAGAGAUCUAAACACCGAGCAGCAAUUUAUUUUGAGCAUUAGAUCAAGGGUUUGUGAGACACGCCAACUUACGCGGUAAGAAAUCUCGAGCAGUGUGCCGCAAAUUGUUUUCUAAAUUAUGUUAAUCACGGCUUUUUAAAAGUCGCCGACUUGCCAGCGUCAACAGGAAGGAGAGCUCCUUUGCAGCCUGUGUUAAGACUUGAUAAGUUCUUGGAAUUCGCGAAGGAUAUUGGAUGACAUUCGUCAACACUAAGAGCAACUUACUAAGAGGCAAGCUUUGGGUUGGUAUAAUUUGGUUGCUGCUCAUAAAACGUGAGUGGAUUUUCGCGCGCUGUCUUUCAGCUCGUGUAUGUGAGUAGCGCCGUUUCCAAGGGAAAACGGUAGAUUGCUGGUGUUGGAUUCUUAAGUUUCAGUUAGUUCUCAUACGUGAAAAUAUUCUGUGACGUCAAAACAAAUAUAUUGUAUAGCUAAAAGAAGUGGGACACUAUCAGAGAUGGUCGCGUAACAUCGUAUACGUUGAGCUGCAUAUGGAAACAAUUUCAUUAAUUACAGAGUGAAAUGGGUAAGGCUACUCAAUGGGAACAGAUCGUUUCAGGUAAUAGACACAACUUGCAGUAUCGCUGAUCGUACGCCUAUCAGUUUGCCGUCUGGGUGAUAACGAUUACAGCAAAAGAACAUUAGAAACUGUUCUUGAAAUAGCUACUUCUAGGAAACAGAUAGAAUCCCAGAGGGCAUUGGCUCAUCAAUUGAUCAAAGUUUAAUCGGUAAGAGACUCAGCAAAAAGUACUGAAAAACAGGAAGAGAGCCUCAGGCAGCUCAAGUAUUACAUUUGGUUGCUCACGUGUUACGAAAACGUCUAUGGUACUUGUAGGCCCACGUGUACGACGGCAGAGAGGCAAGUAAGAAGUAAAAUUAGCAGUUGGUGAAAGCCAGGAAGCUGUAAUUGGAGUCUCACAAAGUUACUAAGAACCAGGGACACUGAGUCACAAGAUAGCUUAAACAAAACGAGAUAAUUCGCUAAGACAAGUGCAUUUUCCCGAGAUGGAACCACUCGCUGAUGUGAUAUUUAUGACGGUAUUCCUGUGCUGUAUUUCCACAGUCGCCGUCGUGGGAAAUCUUUUAAUCAUAAUCGCUGUCUCGACCAACAGAAGAUUGCAAACAGUCUCCAAUUUUCUUUUUUUAAACCUAGCCGUCGCGGAUUUUUUCCAAGGCUCUGUCUCUAUUCCAUUACGCUUGGCGGAGCAGCUAAAUGGCUCAUUGGUGAAACCACUGGUCCCAUGCAACGUCGUCAUUCCUUUAGCAGUGUUCUUUUACGGCGCGUCGAACCUUAAUUUGACAUUGAUCAGUAUUGAUCGUUUUGUGGCUUUGUACCGACCAAUGAAAUACAAGAAUAUGGUGACGCCAUUCAAAGCCACGUUUUGUGUCGUUCUAUGCUGGCUGGUAGCGUUUGUACUUUCAGUACUUCCAGCUCUCGGCUGGGGAUACAAUGACAACCAAGACCUGGCAAGUAACAUUUGCUUAUUUACGAACGUCUUUGAAAAAGAGCACUUGCUAUUACUAUUCUUGGUUGUGAAUGUGGCAGUUCUGCUUAUAAUAAGUGGAACAAACCUAUUUAUCCUGAGAACGGCACAUCGCCAAAUACGUCGAAUAAACAAUAUCCCAAAACCCUAUGAAACAUUCCGAACAGACGCUAUAUCUACCAUUCAGACCACAAGUAAUACCACAACUUCGACUCGGCUGAGCUUCAAAGCCUUUACUUCCUUCGCCAGAAGACCGCGACGCAUCCAAAGAAUCCCUGGGAGACGAGAUCGCAGAGCAACCAAAGUCGUCCUUGUCAUUGUUGGACUCUUCGUUGCGUUGACGACGCCAAUCACAGUGAUUGAUAUUCUAGCAGCUGUAGGCUCCUCCCAUGUCCCGCCAAUACUGGUUGUCAAGAUAGCUGUGUGUUUGGUUUAUUCAAAUGCAUGCGUUAAUGUGUUUAUAUAUGCUGGAUAUAACGCAGAGAUGCGAGAGACUUGGGUCGCCCUUUAUAUCCGGCUGAGAAACUUUUGUCGUAAAUCGAUUGCACCCGCGAGACGAAGGGUAUCGCCAGCGGUAGUUGCUGAAGAGUUUAAAGGAGAUGAAUACAUGGAAACUGCGGGUGUUUCCAGGCAACAAUGAGGCAAUAACAAUGAAUUAUGCAGACAUGACGGAAAAACCCUGAACAUGCGCACUUCGAAGAGACGGAGAAAGAAGAUACAUUUUUUACAAUAGCCAUCAGUUUCUUGUAUUCCGCACUUAUUUCCCUUUUCAAAACACAAAAUAACGUGAGGCCGAAAUGCCACAUGCCCAAAUUUUGGCUUUUUAAAGAUAUUUUUUCCGUGAUCAUCCUUGCGCUUUUUAUGGGCUUAGCGACGAAAAGCUCAAAUUCCACUGACACUUUACAAAAAGUCGCAUCAAUUUAAAAAAGUCGCACUUGAUAAUUUGUUUGCUAUUACUCACUGAGUACUUAGGAGAAUUUGCCGCCUUAUUUGAUGUGUAAUGAGCUUAUUGGAAACGUCAAGUCAUGUUUUUCCAUCAUGUCGAUUAUGCACAUACUAGGGAUAAAUUCAAAUUACUACCGGAAUCCGUAGGUUGCAGCAGUAGAGAGAAAAAAAAAAGCUAACACCUUCCGCCAAAAAUAUCAAAUUUUUUAGAAAAAAAAAAAAGAAUAAAAAGAAAUUCUUUUAGAAAGAUCGAAACCCAAGUAAACAAUUUUCAAUUAACAAUGAGUAAAACAUUAAAAAAUUCUGCUCCUGGAUAUCUUCGUUAGUUAGAUUCACAACACGACAUUGGUAUCGUUCGAUGCAAUGUUGAAUCUGACUCUUUCCCAGUCUCAGUCUCAAGCCUCACGAGAAGGAUUAAAGAGGCGCGCGGGCAUCAAGGGAAGAGAAAAGAGAAAGGGAAGGGACGACUGGGACUUGCUGUGUCGAAGAGUCUUAUAUACUGUCGAAAAGUCGUUUUCAGCCUUUUCAUGACUAUUUUAACAUAAUUUAUAAUCGUAAUCUUAUACGGUGUGUAUAAGAUAAUGUAUUGUUUGUCUUGGCUGAUGUGCAAUAGACUUUUUCAAGCUUUUACUGUCUAGUAAAGUGCAAUGCCUUUUCAGGCUCCACUA